AUGGGCAUCUCACGUGACUCAAGACAUAAACGCAGAAAGACAGGAGGCCGUAUGCCAAUUCACAAGAAAAAGCGAGCUUUCGAGAAAGCGAGACAGCCAGCAAUGACAAAGCUGGGUGCCAAGCGCAUUCACUUAGUUCGUGGCCGUGGAGGAAAUAACAAAUACAGAGCUCUGCGUUUGGACGCUGGCAACUAUUCUUGGGCAAGCCAGAAUGUUACAAUCAAAACCCGUAUUCUAUGGGUCGUCUACAACGCUACAAACAAUGAACUCGUCAGAACAAACACCAUCACCAAAAACACCAUUUUAGAAGUCGACGCCACACCAUUUAAGGCUUUCUUUUACAAGACCUACGGCCAAGACCUCGGGAAAGUGAAAAAAGAAGAAACUGCAACCAGAUCUGCCAAAGCUCAGGAAAAAUGGGAAAAAAUUCAAAAAGAAUGGGAAGAAAACGCUAACUCCCCACCUCUGUAAGAGAACAAAACCCUAUUUUUUAGGUAAAACCUAUCCUAUGUGAGUGAACAUAUAUAAGUGAUAAUUAUUAUGAUAAAUCUCUAGCUGAUUCUUAAUUUUAAACAGCUUGCAUUUUAAAAAAUAAACUUAUAAAUUAAAUCAAUAUUUGCUUUCCAAUUUUUUUAUUGUGUAUAUAAAUUUUUUAAAAAAAAAAAUUAAUCCCUCCAUGAGCGAACAAAAUUUUUUUGACUCACAGAUGAGUGGGAGUAAGGAAAAGAGAAUCGACCCUAUACUAGAAAACGACUUCAAAACUGGAAGACUUUUGGCUUGCGUCACUUCAAGACCUGGACAAAGUGGAAGAGCUGAUGGGUAUAUUUUGGAAGGAGAAGAAUUAGAGUUCUAUAAGAAGAAGCUAGAAAAGAAAAAGACUAAGUAA